AUGGCCUAUGAGUCUCCACGACUAGACGUCCUGGAGACUCAUUUCGCCGACACCAUGAGGCAGAGGUCCACCACCAGCACCUCCAGUCUCGGGAGGGUUCCUGCUCCCGAGGAGGUCAACCUUGAUCCUUUCAUGGCUGAGGAGCUCGUCUUCCAGCUCCGGUGCUCGGAGAACACCGCGCUUGGUAAAGACCGCCUCACUUACUACCACUGGAACGGGGAAGAUACGAAAGGGAAGUUCCCCGCUAUGUUCUCGAAGGCCUGCCUGCUUCGUAAUCACCCUCCAGACAGCUGGAGAACGUCCAGGAUGGUGCUGGCAUUCAAGAAGGACGAAGAGACUGAACCCCUCAACUGGAAGCGCAUUGCUCUUGGCAAUACGGCUGCCGAGCUACAUACCAAGUGCAGCGGCGGGUGGUUGCAGGAACGGCUCAGAACACAAAACAUCCUUUCGCACUGCCAGAAGGGGCUCCUCUCGCACCAUGGCUUCACUGAGCGUAACUAUGCGCUCUAG